CUUCCCACUCUCCAGAUCCCGCAACCCGCGAAACAAACCACCAGCCAAGCCGGCAAGCAAUCCGCGCGCGCCCAUUGUUCUCUCUCUCUCUCUCUCUCCCUCUCAGCAUCCGCUCCGAAUCAGCUCCGACGGCAUGGACGCGCCCGCACCUGCCAAGAGGAGACGCGGCGGCGGUGGCGGAGGCGGGGAGAAGAAGGAUCUGUUCCACGUCGUCCACAAGGUGCCCGCCGGCGACAGCCCCUACGUCCGGGCCAAGCACCUCCAGCUCGUGGAGAAGGACGCGGAGGCGUCGAUCGUGUGGUUCUGGAAGGCGAUCAACUCCGGGGACAGGGUAGACAGCGCGCUCAAGGACAUGGCCGUGGUGAUGAAGCAGCAGGACCGCGCCGAGGAGGCGAUAGAGGCCAUCAGAUCCUUCAGGCACCUCUGCUCCAGGCAGGCCCAGGAGUCCCUCGACAACCUGCUCAUCGACCUCUACAAGAAAUGCGGAAAAGUCGACGAGCAGAUAGAGCUGCUGAAACAGAAGCUCAAGAUGAUAUGCCUCGGCGAGGCCUUCAACGGGAAGAUCACCAAGACGGCGCGAUCCCACGGCAAGAAGUUCCAGGUCUCGAUCCAGCAGGAGAUGUCACGCAUUCUGGGUAACCUUGGCUGGGCUUACAUGCAGCAGAACAACUAUGAAGCCGCUGAAUUGGUUUAUCGAAAGGCCCAGACUAUCGUACCUGAUGCCAACAGGGCGUGCAACCUCGGGCUGUGCCUCAUUAAGCAGAGCAGACAUGAGGAGGCAGUGCAAGUGCUUGAGGAUGUCCUACUUCGCAGAAUCUCCGGGUUGGAUGACGACAAGGCGGUUGCCCGAGCUGAGCAGCUCCUCCGUGAGCUCGGUCCGACAACACACAUUUCAUCGCCCUUUGAUAUUGGCUUGAGUUUCACCGAAGAGAUCAUGGAGAGACUAGACCUUGUGAUGAAUGAUUGGACACCGUUCAGGUCGAGGCGGCUGCCCGUAUUUGAGGAGUUAGAUGCAUUCAGGGACCAAAUGGCUUGUUGAUUCAUUACUUCGUUGGUUUUUAAACUUUAACGUGCAUUUGCGUGUGGUAAAUAGAAGUUGAUGUGCAUGUAUGUAGGAGGUUUUGUGGAUGUUACAGGUGUGAAUGAGAGAUUUGAUAGGUUGUAGAUAUCAUAAGCAGCUAGGGUUGAUGCAAAGCGUUCCCUUGCGGAAUAAUGUGGUUUCAGUUUUGAAUGCAGUUGGUCUUUGCCCAGAGA